UCGGGGCCCGGCGGGGGGCGACAGCCUUCUUCCUUUCAUCUGUGGUUCGGCACCAGAGUUCCCAGAGCACAUCUCUGCAACAAGGACUUGUUGCCAAAACAUCUCUGACUUCCCCGCCAUGGCCUGAAGUGAAACUUCCAGAUCCAGUAGAAGAAGCGAAGCAUCAUGCAGAGGUGGUGCGGAAGGUGAACGCCAUGAUCGCAGCGGGGCAGUACGGGAGGCUCUUCGCCGUGGUCCACUUUGCCAGCAAGCAGUGGAAAGUAACCAGUGAAGACUUGAUCAUGAUGGACAACGUGCUGGAGGCUGAAUGCGGAGACCGGAUCCGGAUGGAAAAGGUUUUGCUGGUUGGUGCCGAUGACUUCACGCUUAUUGGGAGGCCACUCCUGGGGAAAGAACUUGUCCGCGUGGAGGCUACUGUGAUCGAAAAGACGGAGUCGUGGCCAAAAAUCAACAUGCGCUUUUGGAAGAGGCACAACUAUCAGAGGAAGAAGAUCAUCGUGCACCCACAGACUGUCCUCAGGAUAAACACCAUAGAAAUCUUCCCCUCUUUGUCAUGACGGAUGGCUGGGCUGUUGCGUGGCGUUGGGUUUAUUAUUGCUUUAGGCAAUUAUGGAAAUAAAACCGCCUCCUCAGUGGAAAGUUCUGGACUUCUCGCUGUUGUUGGAAAUGGAAAUCUAUAUGUAAUUUCUUUUUAAAAAAAAAAAACAAAAUGAAAUAUUUUUUUUCUUAAACUA